AUGGCAGCAGAAACUGCAUCGUCUCUUCCACCGGACCUGUUCGACCAAACCACAAUCAUCUCUCUCCUAUCGACCCUCGCCAUUGUCUUUACCGCAUACGUCGCCUCACUCAAGUUCCUACCAUCUUCUUCAUCGGGAACCCUUCGCUUUCUGUUCAUCUGGCAUCUUGCUGACGCGCUAUGUCAUUUCCUCCUCGAGGGAAGCUUCUUGUACCACUGCUUCUUCUCACACCUGCCGCUCCUUAACGAUGUGAAGACGGAACUUUUCCCUACGCCCGCCGGGUUUCUGGGAUACAGCGAUCGCGUAUAUGGUGCCCAGUCGGGCGGAGAUAACCCGUUUGCUAUGCUGUGGAUGGUGUAUGCCAAGGCGGAUAAGAGAUGGGCUGGUGUGGACUUGGGGGUUGUGAGCCUGGAGUUGUUGACGGUGUUCUUUGACGGCCCCCUGGCUGUCUACGUAUGCUACUGUCUUGCCAGGAAAGACCCCAAAGUUAGCAUCUGGAUGAUCAUCCUGGCUACUUGCGAGCUGUAUGGCGGUUUUAUGACUUUCUGCCCCGAGUGGCUUGUUGGAAACCCCAACCUCGACACGAGCAACUUUAUGUACCUCUGGGUUUACCUCGUUUUCUUUAAUACUCUCUGGGUUUGGAUUCCACUCUGGGUCAUUUGGUACUCAGUUAAAGAUAUUUCGAAUGCUUUGAGCGUUCGUCAAAGGAAGAAGAAUCUGUAA